AUGUUUCUCCGCUCUUCCACAAUUGUGGAACAGUCGUUCGAAAAUGCCUCUGGCCUUCGGACGAUCUUCAUCCAACAGUCGAAUGUUUCCACGAUUCGGCCGGGAGCUUUUGACGGCCUCCCUCUGCUGCAAAACCUCUACCUCAAUGACAACCGUAUCUCCAGGCUAGAGCCUAAUACCUUCGAGGGGCUUAACAGUCUUAACUUCCUGAUCCUCGACAAGAACGCAAUUUCCUCCAUAUCCCGGCACGCCUUCCGCGGCCUACCUUCGCUUUCCCUCCUGUCUCUGACCAAGAACCGGCUGCGUUCCGUGCCCGUUGACGCGCUGUUGCAGCCAAGGGCGCUUCUACGGGCAAACCUCGGGACAAAUCGCAUUACCACUGUUGACAGCCGCUUUGCACUGUUAACACGAAACCCGCGUUUGAGUCUCGACCUAGACGACAACAAGCUUCACUGCGACGCAAAUCUACACUGGUUCGUCCGUAGCCUACCAACCCUGGGUUUUAUCGAUAGUCCCAGCUCGCUGAAGUGUGCGUCACCGGCCGAACUGCACGGAACUCUCCUACACACCUUGAGAGAGAAUUUCAGCAAUGCUUUCAACACCACCACGGUGCAACCAGGGACCUGCCUUGGACAGUGCGAAGAAAUAUCAAACACAACAGCUACUCCAUACACAAACUCUGUGGUUCCUCAUACUACUUUCAAAGAUCUGUACACUGAGCAUACUUGGCCUGAGAAACAUGGAAGCACGGAGAUUCCUGCAUCCACAAACACGAACGACGUGACGUCAGUCACAGAGACAAACUACAUCAUCAUUCUCGGAGACAAUCCAAACGCCAACAAGGAUGAGACCUUCACCCGUCUCUUUUCCAUAGCCCCUGCCGUAAUCGUGCCUCUCCUUUUUGUGUUAGCGUUGGCGGUCGUGAUAUUUUUCUACAAGGGUUCUCACGGCACGGGCUUGGCUUGCCACAUCGUGCCAACUGAAACAGAGGAGGAAGAAGAAGAACCCAAACCCUCGGAAACAGACGAAUGUAUCAUCCAGCCGUACGCGGUGGUGUAUUUUGACGCAGACCAAUUGCAGGAGUCUCAAGAGGGUGUGCAGUCUUCUACAGCUCAUAACAAGACAUCAGCAGAAAAUGAUGCCAUUCAGCCGAACGCAUCCACUCAUGAUAUAGACCCAGGGCCACAGCUUCGGCCGUAUGCCAUCACGUAUGAUAGCGAUGAAGACCCAGGCUCAUAG